AUGGGCUGCGGCAAGAGCACAGAACGGCAUGCCACUGCAGGCCAUGAACAGCAGACGACGGUCGGGGCAUCAUCAGGUGAUAUCUCUUCUUCUCAGAACUUAGGCUUGGCCAGAGUGUCUGGCUCCACUCGCAACACAGGAUCAGGUCGAGGUGCCGCCUCUCACGACGCAGGAGCUCAACCUCCCCGGGGCACUGGGUCAGAUCCCGUGCCUUCUUCUGCACGUCCAUCUGCUCCUGGCGCAGAACCUUCUGUUCUGAGCGCCGAAAUAUCCCAGUUAUCUCUAUCUCAGGGUGCUCGAGCGGCUCGAGGCUCUCGCCCCUUACAGGGGUCGGAAUCGUAUUCGCAAGGUGCACCAGUAGCCGAAAUCUCUGCUCCUCAGAACUUGGAAGUGGCUCAUGGGCCUAUCCAUCCGCAAGAAACUCGCCCCUCUUCUCACGAAUUGGCUCGAUUAUCAAGUUCUUCACAAGGAGAAGGUUCGCCCCACCGCUCCUCCCCAUCGACUACACCACGAACACCACAGCCACCAAGAGCUUCCUCUGCUCUAAUGCAUUCACAAUUAGCCCGCCGUUCACAGAGUUCUUCAACAGCAUCAUUGGAAUCCAGAGCGGGGCGGCCACCUCGAUCGUCAUCGUCUCAUGCCCUGGAAGCGAAAGCAGGGCCGCAGACCCGUGCAUCUUCGUCCAACUCUCUUCACACUCAAGCAGGGCCGCAGACCCGUGCGUCUUCGUCCAACUCUCUUCACACUCAAGCAGCCAGGCAGCCACUGAUGUCCUCAUCUGCUUCUUUAAAGUCUUUGGAGGAAAGCUCCUGGCACCUGAAAAACUCUUCAUCUCCGUCUCUGGAGGAACUAUUUGAUGCACUCGAAAGACCAAGUACAUCUUCGACUUCUCGCCAGGCGCAGCAGUCAUCCCCACGAGGCACACCUCGGGCUAGGCAGCGGCCAAGCUCCUCGCGAAGCUCCCCUAAGGCUGGACAACCAUCGGAAACUUCUUCCCAAGCCCCACGACGAACCAGGCCUCGAUUUGAGCCGACUCCAUCACAAGGAGAGUUGGCACGAUACUUUUCUGCCGACCCAGUCGUCACCUUGCCAGCUGAAGCUCUUACCUUUGAUGAGUUUGGUGGUUCAGAUCAUUCCUCAACGUGA